AUGGACGAACUUGACGCGCUUCUGAAGGACCUGCAGGGUGGAAAGCCCGUCGAUGGUGCUGCUGCUCCUGCUCCUGCUGCCGCCGCUGCCGAGCCAGCUGCUGCAGUCAACCCGGCGAUUGCUGGCUUGCAACAGAAGGACUCGCGCUCGUCGGUGGACGACCUGCUCGCGGACCUGCAGAGCUUCAAGCCCCAGAUCAAGAAGAUUGAAUCCACCUCCGCGCCCGCCCCGCAACGCGCCUCGGUCGACGAGCUGCUUGCGGACUUGCAGUCGACCGGCACGCUGCGCAACUCUGUGGUGCGCUCGACCCCGUCUGCUGCGGACGCCACCCGCCCAAAGUCUGGCGUCGCCGACCUCGACUCGGUCAUGGCCUCGCUCCAGGACUUUAAGGUGGAGGGCGCCAGCCGACCCGCGUCGAUGAUGCCCGCUGCCGGCGGCGCUCCUGCUGCUGGCGGCUCUGGCAAGCUCGACUCUAUUCUCAACUCGCUCCAGAGCGAGAUGACCUCGAUGGGUGUCGACACUGCCCGCAAGGGUGAUUGCGCUGCGUGCGGCAAGGGGAUUGUUGGCCAGGUCGUCACUGCGCUCGGCCGUACGUGGCACGUCGAGCACUUUGUGUGCUUCCAGUGCCGCAAGCCGCUCGGCACCACAAACUUUUUCGAGCACGAGAGCAACCCUUACUGCGAGAAGGAUUUCCACGAGCUCUUCUCCCAGCGAUGCGCCUACUGCAACGGCCCCGUGCUCGAUCGCUGCAUCCACGCGCUCGGCAAGACGUGGCACCCCGACCACUUCUUCUGCUCACAGUGCGGCAAGAACUUUGAGGGUGGCGGUUUCAUGGAGCGCGACGGCAAGGCCUACUGCGAGGAGGACUACUUUAACAUGUUUGCCCCCAAGUGCGGCGGCUGCGACAAGGCCAUCAUGGCUGACUGUAUUUCUGCCCUCGGCUACCAGUGGCACCCCAACUGCUUUGUCUGCGCAGAGUGCAAGAAGGGCUUUAACGGCGGCAGCUUCUUUGAGCACGAAGGCAAGCCCUUCUGCGAGACCCACUACCACGCCCAAAGCGGCUCGCUCUGCUCGUCCUGCCAAAAGCCCAUCACUGGCCGCUGCGUCACUGCGCUCAACAAAAAGUAUCACCCCGAGCACUUUGUCUGCUCGUUCUGCAUGAAGCAACUCCAGAAGGGCACCUUCAAGGAUGAGAACGGCAAGCCCUACUGCCACCAAUGCCACGUCAAGCUGUUUGGUUGA